GCAGAGGCCAUCCUCUCAGCAGCCUGUACAGAUGUAUCUCUAAAACCUCUCAGCAUUUCGGAAAGGAAAAAGCCCUCACCCCAGUAGGGCAACAUGGCUCAAGAUCUGACAGAAAAAGAACUGCUGAAGAUGGAACUUGACCAGCUGAAAAAGGAGGUGAAGAAUGAAAGGCAAAUGAUCUCCAAGACGGGCAAAGAACUCAAGGAGUAUAUAGAAUCCGUGGCAGCAGAGGACCCUCUUUUGAAAGGUGUUCCUGAGGAUAAGAACCCUUUUAAGGAGAAGGGAGGCUGUGUAAUCAGUUGACCCCCGCCACUCACAGACAAACUUCGGACCCUUUCCUCCUACAAAACCAAGACUGUAAGAAUUUUGCUUACCCUGUAGCAUGAUCUUCCCAUUGGGUGGGGCAGCCCCCCAAAACGAAACCCUUUUGAAGUGCAGCACAUCUAUGGGAGGGGAAAAAAGGAGACAUACCUAAAUUUAGCAGCAAGAA